UUCCGCGUCGAAGCAGCACCACAUUACCAAGUAACCAGUAGCACCACUAGACCAGCAACCAGCACCGCAACCAGCUGAUAAAACCCGAAACGGAUAUACCCGAAACGACUAUAUCGUAGCACCCCGAAAAUGCAGUCCAGUUGUGUGUUAGUGGUUGUACUGGCCUUGGCCGCCUUGGUGGCCGCUCGUCCCGAGCCGCCGCGUGACUCGUACAGUGCUCCCCCGCCGAGCAGCUACCAGCCGAGUGGACCCAGUGGAGGCUAUGGAGCACCUGCCCCACAGUACGGACCCCCACAGCAGCCGCCAGUGGUGCACAAGCACGUCUAUGUGCAUGUCCCACCACCAGAGCCGGAGUACCAGGCACCCAGGAAACCCCUGUAUGUGCCUCCCCCACAGAAGCACUACAAGAUCGUCUUCAUCAAGGCACCAUCUCCACCCGCCCCCACUGCUCCGGUCAUCCCGCAGUUCCCUCAGAACGAGGAGAAGACCCUGGUGUACGUGCUAGUCAAGAAGCCCGAGGAGCAGCCCGAGAUCAUCAUCCCCACGCCGGCGCCCACUCAGCCCAGCAAGCCGGAGGUGUACUUCAUCCGCUACAAGACCCAGAAGGAGGAGACCGGACCCUAUCCCAACAGUGUGGCGCCACCAGCUCCCGAGUACGGAGCCCCAGCUGCCCCGCCUGCACCCUCCGCCCCCAGCAGCUCGUACGGAGCCCCCUCCCACUAAGGUGGCGGAAUGGCAACCCUUUGCAGCAGCACCCCUGUCCGAACUCAACCCGAACUCGAUUUACGAAUCUCAACCCAACUCAUGGCAAACUGCAUAUUUUAUGUGUAUUAUUUUUUUGUUUUGUUUCAACAACUUUAACGUGUGACAAAGUUUACCAAACAACGACCACCCCCUAUCCCAAGACCCCCCCUGCAUCAAGCUCAUAAUACCUCCAUUGUUGAGCAAUACUUACCUCUCGAGUUGUUUCUACCUAAUUGUAUGAGAAGCAUGUAUGUAUGUUUUCCAUCUAGGCUGUUUGUUUCAAAUUGUUUGUUUAGUCUUAAGUUCUAGGUCUUUAAGCGAACGAUGCGUUAUACACUCACAAACAAAAAAAUUACGAAUUAGCCUUAGUUAUCGAUAGAGAUAUCGAUCCUGAUACCGACACAUGAUAUAUACAUGACUUUCAUCAUUGUAAAUGCAUUUUCAACUAGGCAAUUUCCACUGACUCCCAAAUAUUGCUCAUGCCACUCAAGGCAAAUCGAAAAAGCAACAAAAAAAUUAUAUAAAUAAUGAUACUCAAGUAUAUGUUUAAAAACAAAAACAUCAAUGGCUAAA